ACUUUUAUUUUGACAUCUGUGAUUAGUUACUAAGCUUCUGCUGUGGUUGCAGGCUUGCAGCCCAUUUUCCAGCCUGCUGCAGAAGCGGCACUUUACGAACGACACGCCGGUGAAACUGCAGCCCGGUUCACUCACAUCCCAUCAUAGUUUGGACUUUCAGAACCAAAUCAACUUCAGCGGAAAAGAGUUUCCAUCAGCUUUAAAUAAUUGGUUUUGUCUGAGCCAUGGCUGUGAACGUGUUCUCGACAUCAGUGACAAGUGAAAACCUCAGCCGCCAUGACAUGCUCACAUGGAUAAACGAGUCUUUACAGAUGAGCCAUGCCAAGAUCGAGCAACUGUGCUCAGGUGCUGCUUACUGUCAAUUCAUGGACAUGCUGUUCCCUUCGUGUAUUCCACUGAAGAAAGUCAAAUUCCAGGCCAAACUUGAGCAUGAAUACAUCCACAACUUCAAACUUCUUCAAGGCAGCUUCAAAAAGAUGGGUGUUAGCAAAAUUAUUCCUGUUGACAAGCUUGUGAAGGGCAAGUUCCAGGACAACUUUGAGUUUGUGCAGUGGUUUAAGAAGUUCUUUGACGCAAACUAUGAUGGGAAGGAAUAUGAUCCGGUGGCAGCUCGACAGGGACAAGAAAUGGCAGCAAAUCAGAGUCCAGCAGCAGCAGCCACGGCUAACAAGCCAAGGAAACCUAGCGCAGACACAGGCAUCACACCUGCAGUCAAGCCAAUGGCCCCUGUUGCUCCACAGCGUUCAGCCGCAGCACCUAAAUCUGCACCAAAGACGGCUCCAGCUGCAAUGAGAGGUGCAGGGACAGGUGGUGGCGAUGAAGAGAAAGGAGUGCUUACUCAGACGAUAAAUGACCUGAAGGCCACCAUUGCUGACAUGGAAAAGGAAAGGGAUUUCUACUUUGGCAAACUGAGAAACAUUGAGCUCAUUUGCCAAGAGAAAGAGGGUGAGGGUGAUCCUACACUGCAAAAGAUUGUGGAUAUUCUCUAUGCCACAGAUGACGGUUUUGUAAUUCCAGAGGAUGAGGUCGGCGAACCGGAAGAGUUCUGACCAAUCAGGGGUGACCGUUUUAAAAAGAAUUACCCCGUUGGACACUCAAAUGCACAUAUUGGCUGAUUCCUGCUGUUCUGCUGCACUUGCCUUUGGUCCAUUAUUUUGGACUUUGACUUUUGAAUGUCUUUUUAUUCAGGGAAGUUCUAUACCUUGAAUUUUUCAGCUUUUUUUAUUGACCAUCAAAACAACAUUAUUUUUGUGAGUGAAAAAUAAAGUACUUAUCAAAGGCUGUUUGUAUAAAGCAGUCCACUGA